AACAGGAAGCACCCCCCCACACACACACACACCCUCUUCGCGUCUAUCUCGGCCGCCUUCAGGCUCUCCUCCUCGGCCUCUCUCUGCUCCCCCCCGCAGCUGUCUGCAGACGUUGAACAGCAGGAGGAGCGACUCUCUGCAGACAUGCACAAGGUGGAGGGUCAGGUGACUCCGAUUCACCUUCCUGCUUCCCGGGGUCCGAGCACCCCGGGUUCUCCGGCCACCGGCAUCACGGCGCGCGUGGAUGACCAGCUGGUGGGCUACAGAGACCUGGCGGCGCUGCCCAGAGACAAAGCCAUCCUGCAGGUGGAGAGACCCGACCUGAUGACCUACCAACCCCACCUCACAUUCUCCCCCCUCGACCCCCCGCCCAGAGAGCGCUCUCUGUCCCCCCCCACCUCCUCCCCCAUCAUGUCUCCUGAGGUGAAGGCUCGGCGCGCUCAGAGCGAGACGGACUCAGUUUCUCCUGCAGGAUCCACGCUGACUCUGCAGGAGAACAGGAGGAGGAGCCAGCAGCACUUCCACACACCAGAUAACGGAGCCAACAUCUACAGGAAACCUCCCAUCUACCAACAAGAUGUGAUGAAGCACUCUGAGGGUCUCGGUGUGAUUCGCUCGGCGAUGUUCCCGGCCGCUCAGCCUCCGGACCCCAACCUGCCGUCUAAGAUCGAGACCGAGUACUGGCCCUGCCCCCCCUCCCUGGCUACAAUGGAGAUGGAGUGGAGGAAGAAGAAGGAGCUGCAGGAGGAGGACGAGUUUGAAGAUCUGAGUGGAGACGCUGAGGCGCUGAGGGAGCAGGAGCUGGAGAAGAUCAAGUCUAACCUGGGCCGUCUGAUCCUGAAGGAGGAGAAGGAGAAGGCCGUUCAGUAUCGCAGGAAGACACAGUCUCUGCCCGACAGGACGCACCUGCACACCAGUUUGUCAUCAGGAGCAACACGGUCUCCUUCACACGGAUUAACCCGGAUGCAGUCUGCAGAGUUCGCCACGGAGAAAGGGCCGCCAGCCGCUCAGAAUGGAGAUGCUCGUAGGGAGAGGAUGGACAGAGGAAACUCUCUGCCGAGUAUUCUGGAGCAGAAGGUCUACGAGUAUGAAGCUCUGAUGGUGACCCACAGGGGGCGCUGCAGGCUGCCGCCGGGGGUCGACCGCACCAGACUGGAGAGGCACCUGGCCCCGGAGGUGUUCCAGCAGAUCUUCGGGAUGGAGAUCUCAGACUUCGACCGCCUCUCUCUGUGGAAACGCAACGACCUGAAGAAGAAGGCCAAGCUUUUCUAACAACCGACCAAUCAGAACCCUGGAUUCCCCUGAAGGCUGGCCCUCGUUAACCCCGUCCAAUCCGACGCUCCGACACUCGUUACCUGUGCUGCACUUAUACUCACCUGUCCACACACACCUGAUAUCUCUCACAGUACACACACUCUGCUGUCAUGAAGCUGGUUUCUCUGCAAGGGCUCGAUGAUCACGUUCAAACCUGCUGAACCAAUCACAUCGCAGGGAAUAACUACUGACCAAUCAGAUCACAGGGAAAUAAAUACGGGAAGCAGAUAGGGACAAAAAGUCACAGAUUUAUAAUAAAUAAUGUGACGUUUUUAAUAAAUAAAAACAUUUACUGCCAAUCCAGAUAAUGUCGGAUAAAUGAAGGUGAUAAUACAUUAUCAUUAGACAUUCAUUCUGUGGUUUGAAGAGACCAGCCUUUACAGGACCAACGUUUAAAACCCAAAGGUUAAAAGAAGCGCAUAUUUUUUAUUCAUAAUUUCAGAAGAUAUUCAUUUCUUUCCUCAUAAAUGAGCUUUUUUGUCCCGUAGAUUUUGCACGUUUCUUUCCUGUAUUUUAACGACAGUUUCUAAAAGAACUGUGACGUCAUUUAUUAGUUUUAUUGACCUUGAUGCAGUUUUUCCCUGUAACUUUAGCAGAUAAAACUGCCAUUUACUGAGUUUUUGGGGUAAAUUUGCAAAUUAAAUCACAGAGAAAUUUAUUAUUUUAUUGCUUUUAAAUUUGCAAUUUUUCUCAGAAUUUCACCAAUGCUUUUUCUCUUUGAGCAUUUUCUUGUAAAUCUAACACCUUAUUCUCAGAGAAUAUUUGAGAUCUUCCUCCUAUAUUAUAUCAAAUUAUCCCCAAUUAAAUAUGCAUGUUUUUUCAGUACAAUUUUGGAGUUUUUUCCCAUAAAUUUGCAAUUAUUUCCUCAUAAAUAAACCAAUUUGUUCUCCAAUGACUUCCUUUGUUUUGCUCAGAAAUAGAUGCCUUUAAACCCGGAGAAUGUCUGGUGAAUAAAUACUAAGGACCAGCUUCAUGACACCAAAUCCGUCCUCUGAAACGUGUCCGCUUCAAAGUGAAUGAGGAGCUUCUGUAGCGGACCAGAACUAACAGCUGACUUGUUACACGGUGGAGCUCUGGAUUUAUUUCAGGAUUGUGAUUUUUACUGUGGAACAUUUGAUUUAGAAAAUAUUGUUCUUUGUUGUACAGUUUUUUUAAGACUUCACCAACACGUACCUUGAGUUUAAAGGAGCUACUAAUCCAAAUGAUAGCAUCUUCAUCAUUAGAGUCUUCAUCGUUAGCGUCUACAUCGUCUCUCGCUCAGCGUCCGUUCUUCUUCGGGCUUUUCUUCGGGAAACGCCUCCACGCCAUCCUCCAUGUUUCUGUUGUAUGAUGUUAAGCAGGCAAAUAAAUCGCAGAAAAAUAAA